AUGAAGUACAUUAUUGAGCAUAUGGAGUCUGGUUUCAGUGAGUGGGUCACACUGGAAUAUGCCCAAAUCAUUAGAGACAUCGGUCAUGAAAACUUAAUCCUGUCAUCAUUACCAAAGAAUACAACUCAAGAUGAUAUACCAGAGUUACUAAGGAAUAUGAAGCUGCGCUGGACCACAGAACCUUUGGUCAACAUUCAUACUGUGUUCCCAGACCUUGAACCACUGGUGAAAGGCAGAGUCUGCUUACUUGACCCAAGGGCCCCAGAGGACCUUGCCCCCGCAGAUGCUACAAAGUUUGACUACUUUGUCUUUGGGGGCAUUCUAGGCGAUCAUCCUCCUAGAGAUCGCACUAGCGAGUUAAUGAGAAACUACCCAAAUUUAAUGAUUAACAAAAGAUUAGGAGACAAACAGAUGACUACAGAUACUGCUAUCAGGACCACACAGCAAAUUGUGGAAAAGCAGCUAAAAUUUAGUGACAUUAAGUUCAUCGAUUACCCAGAAUUUAGGUUCAGUAAGAACGAAGCUACUGAGAUGCCUUUCAGAUACAUCCUUGACUCGGCAGGAAAGCCUAUCCUACCAGAAGGCAUGCUUGAGCUGAUUAAAAAGGAUUCGGAGCAGACCUUAGACGAUUUGUUCUAG